AUGAGCAAAUACAUUGAUCUUCAUGACACGAUGUCAAUGGCAUCCACCAUGGACGGUGCCAACACCCCAACUCACACAACCAUCACCGAAACAGCAACCGACUACACCGAAUCAGUUCCCUAUCCUGGCGCCAUCUUCAUUAUUCGUCACCGCGACUCAGGCAAAGUGAUUACCGUCGUUGACGGCGAGCUACGACUCUGCCAAGGCCUCAACCCCCGAGGAGGCUUCCACUGGGAGUGUAUCAAAAGAGACAAGUGGCUCGGAUUCCGCAACUGUGUAUCUGGAAAAUUGAUCGGUCAUAACGACAGAGGGAAGUUCAUCGCCGGAGCCCAUGAACACCAGGCUUACGAGUAUUUCGCCCUGGGGCCGAGCCCGAAGGGUGGGUACGAGCUUUUGAUGAGACAUGAUUAUGAGUUGUGGAGUAUGGCGGUUGGGGAAGAUGGGAAUGAGUUGGUUGAGACGAAGGGUGAUGGUGCGUUAUGGGACUUCUUGAAGACAUCUUGA